AUGUUCGCCCCACCGGAGUGUACAAUAGAGGGGGAACUUCCCCUGAAGUGCGAGUCGCCAUUUUCUUCCGUUUACCGUGAUCCUCAAGGGGCUGUUUGGACGGUGGAUUCAACAAGUACCCGCGUGUUCCGCUUUCCGAGGGUAGUGGUUUGCCCGAACUCAGCCCCCGGGCAUUCAUCACCUGCGCCAAAAGGCUCAGAUGAAUUAGAUCAGCCUUAUUUCGAUUGUAGUGAAGAAAAUGACCGUGUGUUGUCCGUUGUUUUCACAACUGUGCGCGAUGACGAACGUUUUUUUGUAUGUAUUGCGACGGCGGGUGGAUGUAUUGCUUUUGGUGUUGCGGAUAGUUUUGAAGGCGACAUUCGCCGGGUCCAGUUGGGUGUAGAGGUAACGGCACUUGCUGCAGCCCCUUGCACGGAUGGGGCAUCAGCGAAAGAUUGUGACGAUGGGAAUGAGGACCUUCUUGAAACAACAAGUCUUUGUAGCAGCGGUUAUGGCGGUGGCGUGUUGGUGUCAUCAUUUGAUGGGACUUUCAGUGAGGUAAUGCUUUUGUGCUGGGUUUCCGGCAGUUGCGCUGCCGACCUGCCGCAGCGGGACUCAGACGUGGACGUGGUUGGCUUAUUUCGAGUGCAGGGGCGCGUGUGUGGCCUCAUGGUGGAUGAAGUCGGUGACCGAGUUGUUACUGUUACUCAACGAGGUGAUGUGGAUGUGUGGAAUUUGCGCGCGAAUGUUGAUGAGACACAUACUUUUGGCAUGCCCGCAUACUUGGCGUCAGAGUAUGGGGAACCAUGUUGUUCCAUAUUGCUUGGAGGUUAUCAGUUAUGGAUCGGAACGUCAAAGGGGUUUGUGAUAGUUUUUUUCCUUCAACCAUUAGGGAAUGUCGUUAGUAACGACAACAGUCCAUGUAUUUCGCAUACAAAAUGCAAUGUUGAUGAAAGUAAGGGUUCGAGAGGGGCGCCACACCGCGUGUGGCACGCACACGGUGCUACCGCAGUCCGCAGCCUUUUAGUUAUGUCCCUUGGCCGUUUGGUUUGGAGCUAUGGUGCAGAUCAGCAGGCAAAUGUAUGGGAUACAACCGAGUUGCUGCUGCGUGGGUCUCUCCAGUUUCCGUGCGGUGACCUGAGUGAGUUAUGCUGUGGAGGACAGUACCUGGACACCAGUGUUUGGGGCGUCUGCAGCGAAUCGGGGAAGUUGACACAAUUCAGGGUGAAGGAACUUCUGUUUGGUGGUUCCAGGGGCUUGGCUGCUGCACUUUGUGGACCAACUUCUAACGAACAAAUGGAACGUUGUAACGUUCUCAGUUCGUUCGUCUCUUACCUUUGUUCGUUAUUGAAUCCAACGUCCGAACAACCUCAUGCCUCAUCCACAAUGAUCACAGCCGCCACUGAUGAAUCGAACUGCUCCUAUGGUCUUUCAUUGAAUGGAGAUGGUGACACCGAUACGGAUAAGUAUGAAACAGAUACACUUUGUUUACCGCCACACAUGGAGGUAGUUGUUAAGCAGAUGGAACAGUGCUAUCCCGCCUCCCACCUUCUUCCCCAUGCUGUGACUUCCCUUGUCAAAGGGCAACGAAUCGUGAGCCAGUUGACUGCUAACGAGAGACGCGGUUCAGCAACCUUCCUAGACGGCCUUCGCCACCUUCAACGUCAGCAUCAACAAGAUAGUUAUGACCUUAAGGCUUUGCGAUUGCAAGUGGGGGAGGAGCGAAAAAAACGUCAAGAUGCAGAAGCGCGCCUUGCGGAGAGGGAGAAUGAGACCCAUGAAUACCAGCAGCGGCUUGAGCGACUCACCGUUUUGCAGGAGGAGUGUGAGAAGCGCACAGCGACGUUGGAGCGGCAGCUGAAGUCUGCGAAGAAGGCAGCAGCGGUCACAUCUGCUGAGGCGACGCGGUUGUGCGAGAUGGAGGCAAACUUACAUGAGGCGCACUGUACGGUGCAAGGACUGCAGGAGCGAAUGGAGAGCCUUGUGCGCGAAAGGCAAGAGUACCUGCGUGUCUCGCAGGAAAACAAAUCGUUGCGGGCACAAGUGCGUCGGUUUGAGCUGAAACAGCAGGCGGCUAAAAGGGCUCUUGCGAACUUUAUUGCAACGCAAGAUCAUAUUGUUGAUUCCUUAGGAAACAUACUUCUGGUGGAUGAGGGUGGGGACCAUAGAAGGGCACAUGCCGACAUAGACAACCUUUAUGAGUGGCUGUGCCGCAACAUUGAAAACCAGCAAGAGUUUCUUGCUGGGCUCAAGCGAAGUUAUGAAACGCAAGCCGGCGGUGUCGCUGAAGAUCGUAUUGGACAGUAG